UUUUUAAUCUAAAGGAAGCAGACCUGGUUUUGGGUGGAGAUGAGGGUGAUGAGUGUACCUAUUCUAAGGGCUACAUGAAGAGACAGGCAAUCUUCUCAUGCGUGACAUGCACCCCAAAUGGGAAUGCUGGAAUUUGCACUGCUUGCUGCUUGUCUUGCCAUGAUGGCCAUGAGGUUUUGGAGCUUUGGACCAAGAGAAAUUUUAGGUGUGACUGCGGAAAUUCAAAAUUUGGGGAGUUCUCAUGCAAGCUUUUCCCAAAUAAAGAUGUAGAGAAUAUCAAGAAUUCAUAUAAUCACAAUUUUAAAGGUUUAUACUGCACCUGCAAUCGCCCCUAUCCAGAUCCAGAUCUCCAGGAACAAGUAGAGAUGAUACAGUGCUGUAUGUGUGAGGACUGGUUUCAUGAGGAGCAUAUCAGUCUCAACUCUCCCAAUGAGAUUCCUAGAGAUGAGGAAGGGGAGCCUCUUUAUGAAGAUUUCAUAUGCAAGGCAUGCUCAGCAGUUUGUUCUUUUCUGACUCUAUACCCCAAAACCAUAUGGGCACCAGGGGGACAGCCUGUUGCUCCUGUAACUAGUAGCAAGGAUAAAAGUGUGGUGGAAGACAUCCCUCCUAAAGAUGGUGGAGCUGGGAAGCCUGAAAAUGAUGCGUGCUGUGAUUCUUCCUUAAAGGAUAAUUUGGUUGCUGAUGCUAAGUAUGGAUCUGUAUCUGAUGGUAAGAAAUUUGUUCCUGGAGAAAGCUCUAAGAAUGAUGACAGCUCUAUUGCCAGUUCACAUGCUACUUGUAUUCUUGGAGCAGACUUAGUGGUUUCAGAAAGUAAACCCCUUUUUCUUUCUAAAAACUGGAGAGAUACCCUCUGCAGAUGUGACAAGUGCGUGGAUAUGCACAAGCAGAAGCAUAUCAGUUAUCUACUUGAUAAGGAGGACUCAAUAGCAGAGUAUGAAAAAACAGCAAAGCAGAAGAGGGAAGAAAAGUUGCAGCAAAGGGAGGGUGCUGCAGUAAAUUUCUUUAACAAUCUUGGUCAUGUAGAGAAAAUGGAGAUUCUGAAUGGCAUUGCGGACUUUACAGAUGAGUUCCGUUCCUUCCUGGGGUCAGUUGAUCCAUCAAAGGCAAUCACAGCAGCUGAUGUCAACCAGAUUUUCGAGAACCUUAAAAACAAGCGAAGGCGUGUGUAGUAAGCUUUUUGCUGGAUAUUGCUGCACUUGCUAUGAGUUGUCCUAGUAGAUGAAAAGAAAAAAACAGUGGGAUGUUAUGCAAAUGUUUAGGUUGUUUAAAGUUAUAAUGCUCUAAUGUUAUGAAUUGUUUUGUAGUUUGUUGUAAUGACUUGUAUUAACUGUGUAUCUGUAUUUGCUGACGUGCUAUGUCAGCAAGUACAAGAAUGGUGUGCACGUGCAGGCACAUCUCUAUAGUAAGUAUUCCUCUCACGUAGGAAAGAACUUCUAAGCUUCCUUGUUAAUGAAUGGUAGAAGAGCACUUGUUUUUAACU